GUGGAAUGAUAGGACAGUAUGAAGAUUUGUUUGGAGGUAACGUUUUUGAUGGUACUUUGCUAUUUUCUACACAAAAUCUGAAAAGUAUAAUGGUGAAUGAUGUCCAUAAGAUACUAACAAAGGAUCGUGCAGGAAAUACAGUACAAGUUAAAAUUAAACAUGUUCGCAUAGUAGAAUUAACAGAUAUGCAACAGAUGCAUGUACUCAACUUGAUUUUACGUCGAUCUAUGGAAGGCUGGAAACUACAACAAUUGAAUCGAAAUUUCUUUGAUCCAGUAGCUAAAAUACGCAUUGAGAAUUUUCGUUUGGAAAUUUGGCCAGGAUAUAUUACCUCUAUUCGUCAGCAUGAAUUGGAUAUACUGAUGUGUGCUGAAAUCGCACAUAAGGUAUUGCGCACUGACACAAUUUACAACAUUUUGACUCAAUUAGUGGAAGUGUCAUCAGAUUAUCAAAACGCAUUUGAGGCCGAAGUAAUUGGCAUGGUAGUAAUCACUGAUUAUAAUAACAAAACAUAUCGUGUGAGUGAUAUAGAUUUCGGUAUGUCGCCCAAAUCCACUUUCAAACGAAAGGAAAAAGAUGUCACAUUCGUAGAUUACUACAAACGAGUAAGGAGAAAUUCUCUUAUAACAAAUAACAAAUAUAUAGUCUUAAUAGUAACUUUAUUUAUUCAUUUUUAA